AUGUUCUCCAGCCUGCGCAUGGGGGAGGUCAUUCGCGAGAAAGUCCAAGAUGGAGUGACCGGCGAAACUCGAGAGAUGCAGUAUACUCAGUGCAAGAUCGUCGGCAAUGGCUCCUUCGGCGUCGUUUUCCAGACCAAGCUCUCUCCCGGCGGGGAAGAUGCUGCUAUCAAACGUGUUCUUCAAGACAAGCGUUUCAAGAACCGUGAGCUACAGAUUAUGCGUAUCGUCCGUCACCCAAAUAUCGUCGAGCUCAAGGCUUUCUACUACUCCAACGGCGAGAGGAAAGAUGAAGUUUACUUGAAUUUGGUCCUCGAAUUCGUACCCGAGACCGUUUACCGUGCCUCUCGAUACUUUAACAAAAUGAAGUCCACCAUGCCCAUGCUCGAAGUCAAGCUUUACACGUACCAGCUUUUCCGUGCGUUGGCCUACAUUCACUCUCAGGGCAUCUGCCACCGUGAUAUCAAGCCCCAGAAUCUUUUGCUUGAUCCUAGCACUGGUAUUCUCAAGCUCUGCGAUUUUGGCAGUGCUAAGAUUCUCGUUGAGAAUGAGCCCAAUGUUUCGUACAUUUGCUCUCGUUACUAUCGUGCUCCCGAACUAAUCUUCGGAGCUACUAACUACACUACUAAAAUUGAUGUGUGGUCCACUGGAUGUGUAAUGGCUGAGCUGAUGCUCGGUCAGCCACUCUUCCCUGGCGAGUCUGGUAUUGACCAGCUUGUCGAAAUCAUCAAAGUCCUUGGUACCCCAACUCGUGAGCAGAUCAAGACCAUGAACCCGAACUACAUGGAGCAUAAAUUCCCUCAGAUUAAGCCUCACCCGUUCAACAAGGUGUUCCGCAAAGCGUCGCACGAAGCAAUCGACUUGAUCACCGCUCUUCUUGAAUAUACCCCUACUCAGCGUCUUUCCGCCAUCGAGGCUAUGUGCCACCCAUUUUUCGAUGAACUCAGAGAUCCAAACACUCGUCUUCCCGAUUCGCGCCACCCAAAUGCUCCAAGCCGUGAUAUGCCCAAGCUGUUCAAUUUCACUCAUCAUGAGCUAUCCAUUUCCCCCGCCAUGAAUCACAAACUCGUUCCCUCCCAUGCUAGAGCCGACCUCCUUGCUCGUGGCAUCGAUAUUGAUAACUUUACCCCACUUAGAAAGGAGGAGAUGAUGGCACGUCUGGACUGA